CACCAGCGCCUGGACUGGCCGCCCCAAUCGGACCCCUCCGCCUUACCCACCUAUACAAAUACCCCCAAUGGCUUCCAAACGGCCUCUCCAGUCACUCGUCUCGACCGCAUCGUCGUCACUACGUUCAGCGCGUCCAUCACAAGCCUCCAUUGUGCGGACCUCCGCAUGCGCAUUUUCAACCACCACACCCGCCAAGGCCGCGCCCGAAAACGAUACUGAGAUUGCACAACGGCCACGAUGGAAACAGACACCCCAAAGAAUGGUGGCUCCCUUCAGGUUACGGCCUCAGGCAAAAGGUGGGGUUUUCAAGGUCAAUGAGGAUCCCAAGCGAUUAGACGAUGCCUAUGUGCGCAUGUUGGGCCCUGGCGGCGACAAGGUGCUGGGAGAGGAGGUCAAGUGGCUAGCAGUGACACAUAAGAGCUUCGACCACGGAAAGAGGGGUUUCAACGACCGGCUGGCAUAUCUGGGACGGAGGAUUGUCGAACUACAAACAUCACAAGCGCUCAUAAACUCGCCACAAGAAGAUCAAUGGCCAAGAGACUCGAAUGGCGUGCCCAUGAACGACGAAUUUGGCCGCAAACCAUACCUCCACCCCGCCUUGAAUGGACUGCAAGGCUUGACCGAUGAGGCAGAGAGUUUAGUAUUGAACAAGUCACGGCUAGCACCAAUAGCAGAGAAAUAUGGUUUGGAUAAAGUUACUCGGUGGAAGCCCAGGAGGGCGGACAACCUGCAAGGUUCCGGUAUUGAAUCCGUUCUUAUGACUUCAUUAUAUGCCAUUGUUGGGGCGGUGGCACUUGAGAAAGGCGGCGAAGCAGCCAACAAGGUCGUACAAGAUAAGAUUCUUGCACCGCUCGGCUUUAGCUUUUCGCCCGAUUCAUGACCUUGACAAGAUUAUAAUCCAAAAAUCUGUACCAUAUUGUAAACAACUACAUGACGCGAUGCGGUCAUGGUUUCAGUUUCACUGUGACUUGUUUUGCCUAUCUCUUAUUUUAUCGUCUUGGUAGCAAUACCUCCUUCCUGGCUAUAUGAUGUAGGAGAGUUGUUAUAGUGCAAUGAAC